AAUUGAGAGGUCAAAGCACCGCUCCAAGGUUAAGAUGUACAACAAAACUCGUGUUAUUAUGAAUUGUUGCACAGAUUGCUUGCAUUUUCAACAGCAAAGAACUAAUCUUAAUCUAUGCAAUAAGAGUGAUGUGUAUUCAAGUCAAUCUAUGGUACAUCUAUUCCAUCUUACACCAUAACAGCGCAAGAUGGAGCAGCCGAAAAGCAGGCACAAAUUGUCGCCGUACCUCAAGCAUCAGAGGAGAAAGAGUAAUCCAUUUGACACGGCUUGGACUGGUAAUAGCCGACAAACAUUGGAGGCUAGGUUCUGCCACAAAGGUGCGACGGCAGAGGAUUGAAUCCGCAUUCAAUGAACGUUACCAUGCAGAAAUUCAAUGCGGACGCAAUUGUGUUCUAAUUUAGUUUUCGGUUGUUAUUGGGAAUGCCUAAGCCGUAAACCCGUUUGGCCAGGCAGGCCUCCCUCCGGGCCAAUUCGGACUAUAAAACGAUCGAGCUAAUUGGGAAACAGCAUCAUUCACUGACAAACCAACCAACUCUAAACAGCUCAACAUGAAGUUCCUCAUCUGCUUGGCUCUCACCUUCGCCGUUGCCCAGGCUGGCUUCCUGGCUUCCUCUCCGGUUGCCACAUACGCUGCUGCGCCGUCCUAUGCUGCCACCUAUGCCGCUGGACCCGUGGCCUACUCGGCUCCCGUGGCCACGUAUGCUGCAGCUGCUCCUGCCUAUUCCACCUAUGCUGCUGCCGCUCCGGCCUACUCAACCUACACUGCAGCUGCUCCAGCCUACACCUCUUCGGUGUACGGUGUCCGCGCCUACACCGCUCCUGUGACCACGUACGCAGCUGCUGCUCCUGCUUACACAUCCUAUGCUGCGGCUGCUCCUGCGUACACCACCUAUGCUGCUCCGGCCAUUGUCAGCCCAUUCCUGAAGAAGAAGUAAACACCUUCCUUCCUGCCACGAUUCAACCAUCAAACGACAACCUAAUAAAGAAAGAUUUUGUAAUCCACAUCCGUUUACCUGCCCAGUGGGGCCUACAGUAGAUUGAAUAAU